UACUGUACUGUGAAGCCUUUACCUUCGCGAUUUUUUUUUAACAGUCUGGCUUGUUUUGCUUUUCUCUCGGGGAAUGAUGUCAUUUAAAAUAGCAGCCCUUCACAUCACUGCCAUCCAGGGAUCCUGCAACUGCGCGUAGGGGGUGGUGAAAAAGGUCAAACGUUUGCUUUGAAAGCAGAGGAAAUAUGGACCGAGUUGCUGAUUGCGUUAUGAGCAAUGAAGCAAGGAAUGAAUGGAAGAGUAACUCUACAGAAGACGAAUGUAAUCUGUUCAAGACCUGCUUGGUUUGCAAAUUGGAGUUUACAAAUCGUGAGCCCAGAUUGCUGCCUUGUCUCCAUUCGUUCUGUAGAGAUUGUGUGCCGACUCGGAACCGCAGCUUCUGCCCCAGCCCUACCACCUCAGCCUACCAGGAGAGGAGCAGCGAAGAAGGCAUUAUCUGUUGCCCUGCUUGCAGGCAAACGUGUUUCACAAGUGAUGUAGUGGAGAAUGUCUUCAUCAGAGACUAUCCCCAAGUAAUACAAAAGAUGGAAAAGCACUGCUCAGACUGCAAAGAAAAGAAACCAGCUCUCUAUUCCUGUUCAGACUGCAAUAAAUGGCUUUGCAGUACAUGUUCAGAAGAACAUGUGCUUGGGAAGGAGACAAAACAUCACAAAUUGUCAAUUCCUGAGCAUACUGCAGGUGACAGGAGUGAGGUUGAUGAGUUUCCACUCUUUUGUCCGCUUCACACUAAAGAGCCAAUGAAGCUGUUCUGUGAGACCUGCGAUGUGCUGGCCUGCUGGAACUGCCAGCUAACACAACACAAAGGUCAUAGUUUCAAAUAUCUAGAAGAUGCUUUGCAAAAUCAGAAGAUGGUUUUGGAGGAAUUAACACUGAAAAUGGAAGAGAAAAAAGUCAGCAUCCAGAACACAGCAAAACAAGUGGAGGACAGGUUAAAUGAAGUAAAGCAAAUACGAAUAAAGGUUGAAAAUCAGAUUAAGAUGGCGAAGAUGAUCAUGAUGAAUGAAUUAAACAAACGAGUGAAUGUUCUCAUGGACCAGUUGGAGAAUAUCACAAAUGAACGAAAGCUCAAACUGGAGCACCAGCUUCAAGCAGUGAUGGGUUUGUGCAAGCACUUAGAGCAUGUAUUGAACUUCAUCAAUUGGGCAGUCUCUAAGAAGAAUGAUAUUCCAUUCUUAUUCAGCAAGGAACUGAUCUUGUUUCAGAUGCGUCGUUUGCUAGAAACACAGUGCAAUGUAGAUUUGGGUCCCUCCAUGAUUCAGUUUCGUUGGGACUCUACCAUGUGGACUAAACAGCUCUCUACUUUAGGCCAUUUGUCAUUUGAUUGUGAAAAUACAACUCGCCAGGAAUGCCAGGCCUCGUUCCGUCAAGGAACAGCACCAUUACCUUGUGAAAUUGCUAAUCAUGGACCAAGUUUACAGCCUUCCCUUCUGUGCCAGAAGGCUGGCCAGCAAUAUUCAGUUUGUAACAGUCAUUGUCCAGACGUGCAUCCACUUCACAAAGAGCACGAGACAUUAAAUUGUUUGCAGCAUCAUCAAAAUUUGGGCCAAAUUCCAGGACAUUUGCAACAUCAGCUCCCAAUGCAGUAUAGUAGCAUACACCAGAGUCGAUCUCAACAGAAAUAUUUUUCACGCCCAUUGCCAGUACAGCCAAUACCAACUUUGCAACAAUGGCACGUAUCUCAGACUGGAGUGGAGCACAGCCCAGUUUUACUAGGACAUCUACAAGCAUCACACCUACAGCAGAAUUUGCAUCCAGCAUAUGCCAUGCAGCAACAAAGAAAUAUGAAACCGAUGCAUAUGGUGGCUUUGCAACAACCAAAACAACUUGUGCACCAGCCACAACCACAGAAACAGCACUGCCAAAUACAGUAUUCGAAACAAUCAGUGUUGCCACCCUAUCCUGUGAAGCAACAACUACAGCUACAACUGCCUAUGGGGGAAGCACAGGGCAAACAUCAUACAGAGGAAAGAAAGCAACAGAGCACAGCCUCAAAACAAACAUGCCAACCAAAUCAAAUGCCAGUGGGCCUCAAGGAUUUGUUGGAGCAGCCACAGCAACUUAACCAGAAUGUACAGCAUGCCCGGGAUAUCAAUUUAGCACAAAAUUCUAUUAUGAGGCAACCUCUUAGAAAGAAACAGGAAAUGCCAGUGGAACUACAGCAUGUUGAUCUUCAAAAAGUAGCAGUAAAUGAUCAGGAUCAGCAGACUGAACUGGGCAAGCAAAGUAACAAUAACCAGUUGCACAAUCACAUUGGUGUUGAGGAACAGCAAAGUGUAAAUUUUCAUCGAACAAGCACCAUUACUCUCCAACCAGUGGAUUUAGUGGGAAUAAGUAACACACUUGGGAAGCAACCAAUUACUUCAAGGUCGACAAAGAAGCCUUCAACUACUAUGAAAAAAAGGGGCAAGCGCUCUGCUUCAGGCCAAAUGAAAUGCAGGCUGCCAUUGGAUGAAGAGUCUUCACACAUUGCACCUUCACUUAUUGAACAGCAAUCCCAGUUGACUGCGCAAAGAUCUGAUGACUGCAAUCAGGAUCUUUUGGCUGAGAAUGUAGUAGUAAAUGGGGAACCAAAGAGCACAGAGUAUAAGUCUGAAGAAAGUAAUAGCAAAUUACCCAAGGAACCUAUGAAAGUUAAACCAGUCUCUCUAGAAGAGAAUAGUUUCAAAGAACCGAUUAACCUUUCUGUGAAUGUUGGAUGUCCUGCAACAAAUGGACUUCAUGAUUCAAAGAUGGAUUCACUGGAUGGAGCACCACAUGACAUGGGAAGCACCAGGACUCAGAUUGAUGGAGUGAAGGUCCCUUAUGUGCGGUUAGAGCGAUUACCAAUCUGUGCACCAUCUACUGGCCAACUCCCUGUCUUCAAACUGCAGCCGGAUGUUGAUGAAAGUGAAGGUAGCCUAAUGUUUACGGGCACUGAAACCUCUCAUACUACAACAAAGAACAUUACACUGGACAACACACUCACUCCUCCAAAUUCAAACCCUCCACCCCCACAACAAAGUGAGCUCGAUGACGCACAGAUAACUCCUGACUUGUCUCCUGAAGUUGUUGCAUCUCCCUCUCCUUUGGAUGACAAACCUUCAGAAAAAUCUGUUCAAGAAUUGUCGCCUCAGACAACCUCAGUAGUAGCAGGUGCUACUGACAACAACGAAGAUUAUUGCGCAGUUUGUUUGAAUGGUGGAGAGCUGUUGUGCUGUGAUCGAUGCCCGAAGGUUUUCCAUCUUGCUUGCCAUGUGCCUUCCCUGCUCAGCUUCCCAAUGGGUGAGUGGUUGUGUACAAUGUGUCGGAAUGUUGUGAUGCCAGAAGUGGAAUAUGAUUGUGAAAACGCACGACAUAUAAGUGAAAACAGGGGGAUAAGAACAUUACAAGGUCUUUCCAUUGGUGAUCAAAGGAAAUGUGAAAAGCUGGUACUACACCUUUACUGCCAUCCGCUAAGCCUGCCAUUCCAUGAGCCUGUCAGCCCUUUGGCACGUCACUACUACCAGAUUAUCAAAAGGCCAAUGGAUCUUUCUACAAUCAGGGCAAAACUUCAGAAAAAGAAUCCCCUUCAUUACUACACACCAGAAGAGUUUAUUUCUGACGUUCACCUCAUGCUUAUGAAUUGUGCAAAAUUUAAUUAUCCAGAUUCUGAGGUGGCCCAAGCUGGAAGAAGCUUAGAAGCAUGUUUUGAAAAGAACUUAAAAGAAAUAUAUCCAGACAAAAGCUUGGCAGGAACAAUCCAAGAUGAUUCUGACUCUGAAGAAAUUGAUAAUGAAAAUGGAAUGGUUACUAUCAACGGAUUUACUUGGCCAACAGAAGAAAAGGAGCAUGUGAAGCCAAAGAGAAGACGCAGACAUGGUGGAAGCCACAACCAUAAGGACAAUAGAAUCUAAACGGCACUCCUGGCUGAAAGCAUAGAUAUUGUAAAAUGGUGAUUAAUCCUUUUUCUCUCUUUUUUUUCCACUUUCAAUAAAUCCAUAGCUGUUUCUUUCAUUUUUUUAAUAACUUGUUUGUUUGCUGUAAAAUCUUUGGACCUCUCAGGAAUAUGGAUAUCAACUUCCCUGAAGUAAAACUGUAAAUGAUUAUACCAGUUCCUUUCAUAGGUUAUUGUACAGAGGUUACACUGGAUGAGAUUGGACACAAUGAAUUAUUGACCCAUCUUCUGUAUGGUAGAUUUGUGCAACUUGCCUAAAUUUGCAUUGCGCAUGGUGAGGAAACAGCUUUAUCGGUGAUUGUCUCUGCAAGUUAUGGGGAACUGCUGCUGUUGAUUAACUAGUUAGCUUCCAAUAUAUUUGUGAAAUGAAAAGAGUGAAAUUAUGAUUUACUCAAAUUUCUUCUGUUUGGGGCUCUCCUGAUUGUCCUCGUUAACUUUGGUGGACAAUUUCAAGGGACUGUCUAUGAAAUAACACAAAUAUUGACCCUUGAAAAAAUUUCACUCUCAGUAGAAUGUAGACUCUAUUUUUUUAAAUCAAAUGUUUAAGUUGUGAUAUUCCUGUCAGGAUAUAUUUUGUGUUUUAUGGUGGCCUGAUGUGCGUUCCUUGAGGAAUAUAAACUUGUAUUUAUUUUUCCAUAUUGAUUGUUGCAAGUUAGAACAAGCUACUUUCUCAUUCUGAAUGUCAUGGUGAUGGGAAUCACUCUUGGUUUGUUUUGGGAUGGAGUUUAUUUUUCUGUUGACUGUUGAAGGGAAGUUUUGUCAACUGCACACUUUUUUUUGAAAAAUUCAACUUGUUAAUUUGCAGAGAUUUUGAUUGUAAAGCUUUUAGAAACUUUGUUGGUUUACAAAUUCUCAAUGUUCACAGAAUUUCCAACAGCAGGAUGCUGUCAAUAUUGUGUUGUAUAACCCUGUUUUUCAACUUUUUAUGUGUUGAUUUGAAAACCAAAACAAUGGCAAAGGCAUGAGAAGACCUUUUGAGGAGGCACUAUUUGUGCAGUUGGCUUGGCUAUGGCCAUGAUUAAUGAUCUCUGGUCUAAAUUUGUAGUGUGAGCUAUUUUACUUUAUAAGAAAAAGAACUGCAAAUAUGCUGACAGUCUAUCAUGAGUAACCUUCCAAAAUAAGAUGAAGAGUUCCAGCAUAAAGGCCUGUGGCCAAUUCUUCAAAAUAGAGACUGCUCUGUAGUCUUAGAUUGAUGAUUGGGAGAACAAAAUAACCCUACAGGUCAAUACAAAAGUACUGUUAUCAAAUGUGAGAAUUUCUGUUAGAAAACUGGUAAAGUAAUGGGAUGAAAAAUUAUGUUGAAGUAAAUGCAAGAGCAGUACUUUUUCUACAGAUAUAGUUGAGAAAUGUCUUCCUCAGCAUUGCUGUUCAUGCUGAUUGAUGCUUAUCUUUCAAAGAAAAUGAUACAUUCAACCAUUGUACAUGACAGGAGAUGCAUAAGUUGUGAGCAGGUUAUAAUUAAACUGUAACAGUACUGUGUUCAAUCCAUUCUUGUUACUACUAAUAAAGCUGGUU